AUGCUCUCAGCGAUGGGCUCUUCUCAGGCAAACUCGCGACAAUUAAACGGAAUCGGUGGUGCGACAUCAACAACAUCCAAAGUAGCCAUUGUUGCGAAAUCGAAGCGACCUAAUAUCGACGUCGAUUAUACAUUUAUGCAGGUUGCCCCAGAUCAACCGAAAAUUGACAUGACUGGUAACUGUGGCAACAUUGCAUCCGGAGUUGGACCGUUUAGCCUUGAUGAAGGAAUUGUGGUGGCUCGUCCCGGACAAUCCGAGAUCGACAUUCGGAUCUUCAAUACCAACACUGAACAGAUCAUUGUUGAGACUGUUCAGGUAGCUCCGGAUGGUACCUCUCGAGAAGACGGAGAAUAUGAGCUUGCCGGUGUGACAGGAACGGCAAGCCCGAUAAAACUUGCUUUUGUCAAGCCACAAGGUAGCAUGACUGGGAGCAUGUUUCCUAGUGGCAUGAAACAGCAAUUCCUAAAUGUGGAUUCUCGAAAACAGGGGGCAUUUUCAGUACGCGCUAGCCUGGUCGAUGCUGCGAAUCCAUUCGUUCUCGUUGAUGCAGAUUCACUGCCCUUUUCGAACGAUUAUAUUCGCUUGAACGUCGAUGACUCCGACUUCCUUUCUGUCGUUGAGGAAAUUCGCCGCGCAGGGGCAGUGCAAUUUGGACUCGCUACGGAUACGAAUGCGGCAGGUCUCAUUCGUGGAACGCCCAAGAUCGCAUUCCUGUCAGAGACCACCAGAGACAUCGAUCAAGCAGACAUUGACGUCAUUGCCUUCUCCAUGGGAAAGGCGCAUCCAAGUCUUCAAUUGACUGGCGCUGUGUGUAUUGCGGCUGCGAUGGCAACACCCGGUACUGUGGCAUGGGAAUUGGCGGGAGGGAAGAAACUUGAAAUGGUCCCAAAACAUGGAAUGUCCGUUGCAAAACACGAGAUUGCAUCGCCUUUGCCCGUGGGUAUUCGGCAUCGUUCGGGCAUCGUUCAUACAGAGACUAUGUUGGAGAUGAAUCACAUUGGAGACGUACAGGUGGAAAGGGUUGCUGUGUUACGAACCGCACGUCGGCUUUUUGAAGGGAAUGUAUUUUACUAA